GGUGAAGUAUCUCCUGUUUCCCACCACGUUAUUUAUUUACGCGGGGUAUUUCUCACCACCACGACGAUCUUCUUGAGUUGAAGUGCAUCUUACGCUGCUUGCGAAUUGUGGUUUAUUGAGCCAUGGCGUCUGUGUCGUCGCUGGACAAAGAUCUGCGCAAUAUGCGCCUGUCGCGGUAUACACCCCAGGCAGCCGCCGAGAUCCGCGAGUGGAUUGAAGAGGUGCUUCAUGAGAAGCUGCCAGCCGGCGAUCUACUGGAUGCGUUGAAAGAUGGUGUUGCUCUCUGCAGGCUUGUGAAUCUGGCUGUCUCCCCCGGGGUCAAGUACAAACAGUCCUCAAUGCCGUUCGUCCAGAUGGAGAACAUCUCCCAUUUCCUCCGAGCCUGCCAGAUGCCGCCUAUCAGUUUACCGCCGCACGAUGUCUUCCUGACGGUGGAUCUCUACGAGUCCAAGGACCCCGCCCAGGUCUUACAAUGUGUCUCUGCGUUCAGCAGACGUGCCAAUGUGCUCCAGCCCAGCAAGUUUCCUCGCUCUCUCGGCGCAAAGAGCAAGGGUGGUGUUAUCAGCCCUCACUUGACGGGAUCUAGCUCGGGCGCGUAUCCCACAACCGGCAACCGGGUGGUGAGCACGGCAAGCGAGUCGAAUUCUAGCGUUUCGGGCCGGCCAAGUCCUGGCAGAUCACCUAAACCCGCGAUCAGUAGCUGGAGUAAAAGGUCUGAUGAGCAUGAAACUAUGCCCGCGUGGAAUAUCCACCAGUAUGGUUAUAUGGGCGGUGCGAGCCAGGGUACCCAGGGAAUCGCUUUCGGUGCGCGCCGCCAGAUCACCGCCUCGUCUCCUGCCGUGCCGAGCUUGGCAGAGAAGGAGAAACGCAGGCGUGAGGAAGAGGAGCAACUUCGCCAGCAGCAGCAGGAAGCGGAAGAAAAGAACCGCCGGCAGCAAUUAGAACGCGAGGCGGAAGAGCAACGGGCUCGGGAAGAAGAGCAGCGCAAGUGGGACGAGGAGACAUCUCGCCAGCGAGAGCAAGAGCGUCGCGAAGCCGAAGCAGAGAGGAGACGAUGGGACGAAGAGAAGCGCAAGUGGGAGGAAGACGAACAGCGCCGGGCCGCCGAAGAGAAGGCCGUCGAAGACCGCAUGGAGAGGGAAAGACAGAGUCGCAAGGGCCUCAGCGACUCGCGCCUCAACGGCCAAUUCCUGAGCCAGUACCAGGCCACCCAGGGCGGGGCGUCUCCCAGCGAGUCUGCUGAGAGUCGCCGCAUCAAGGAACUGGAGCGCGAACUGGAGCUCGCGAAAGAACGCGAGCGCCAGUACGAACAAGGGCGGGUUCAGACUGAAGAUCAAGAUGAUUCCCCCCAGAGCCGGGAACCCGCAACCUCCCGGCCCCAACCCGUGCCUCCCAAGCCCAGCUACGACCUCUCAUCACUCGAGAAGGAACGUCAAUUGCUUCGCGGGGAAUGGCAGAAGCACCGUCUGGAGGAAGAGGGAUCUGCUCCGCCGCCAAAACCUCCCCGUCCGCUUCCUGAGCCUACCGCUACAUCGAGUCCCCCUCCGAAGCCACCGCGCCCCCUGCCCGAGCCCACCCCGGCUGCCAACAUGGGCCCUUCCAGCUCAUCCCGGCCGCUGCCCGACCCGGCCGCCUACGCCAACAAGAAUCGUGUUGACCGGUUCCUGGAUUCCAACCCGGCCCCCGUGGCUGCCCCAGUCACCAGCCACCGGCCGGCCGACUACUCGUCCACCGCGGAGAUUGAUGCAGAGAACAGCCGCCGAAUCGCCUCCCAGCAAAAGACGCAAGCCGGCGGAUGGGCCUCCAAGUCCCUGCUGGAACGCGAGAUGGAGCGCGAGCGCGAGCGCCAGCGCGAAUGGGAGGAGAACCAGAAGCAGACGAGCGAAGCGGCCGCCCAGGGCCUCCGUGACGGCUCGAUGGGCACAGCCCCCGGCCAGGGCGCCUGGGACGUCCACCAGUACGGCUAUCUGGGUGGUGACAGCCAGAACCGCGGCGGGCCUGGUCUAGGCGUUGGAGGUGCCCGGCGACAGAUUAUCGGGCCACGGCCUCCUCCGUAAACUCGCUGGCCCUGUUUCCUGAUUCAUCGCUCGUGCAUUUGCCAUUCGGUUUCAUAUGCCUACUCCCCAUUCUUCAGUCUACUUUACCUUAGCUACCUAGGUACUUUAUUGAUUCCCUAGUCUAUUUCGAAUAGACAGAGCAUUGAAAAAAUAA